GGUAAAUGUUUACAUAUGGCUGCCGCAUGGGACUUGUGAAAAACAAUAUUUCAAUUUGUAGCAAUGAAAGAGUUGAGACGAACGCAGUGUACAAUCAUCAUUAAUGUUUCGUUUAUCGCUGUCCUGGUGAUUGUGACCCGCUGUCUCAGCUACAUAAAACCCCUCACUGUUGCUCUUCAAGGUCGUUCGGUUGAUGUGGUCAAAGCCAUGUCUCAGGUUAGUGUGGUGAAGCAAGCUCUCCAAGAGGUCCGUGACAACAUCGACUCCUACCAUAACACCUGGUUCAAAGAAGCUUCAACUAUCGCUGACAAUCUUGGUGUUCAGCCAUCUCAACCCAGACUGUGUGGUCGUCAGACUAAGCGUGACAACAUCGAAGCAGCAACACCCGAAUUGUACUACAAACGAAACCUAACGAUUCCCUUUGUUGACACUUUUGUGAAUGAAAUGGACACCCGAUUCAGUGAUUUGCAGACUAAGGCAGCCAUGGGAUUGAAGCUUAUACCUGAACAAAUGUGCGCCUCUCCUGUCAGUGCUAGUGACCUUGAAUGGUUCAUUGAUGAUCUCCCUUCCCCUAAGUCCCUGCCUGCUGAGUGGCAGGCUAGAUGGAAAGGUGUUACCAACCCACCUACUACCCUUCAGGGGGCUGUUGAACAGUGUGAUUCACAGCUGUAA